GGCUGUUACCUAUUGUCGUGUAACAAAUUCCUCCUGAAAUUUAGUGGGUUAAAAUGAACAUUUAUUAUCCCAUAGUUUCUGUGGGUCUGGAAUUUGGGAGCUGCUGAGCUGGUGGUUCUGUCCCAGGGCCUCUCAUGGGAUCGUGGUCCUGAGCUUGUGGCCAGUGGGGCGGAGGUUCCAUUUUCAAGGGGUUCGGUCACUUGGCUGUUAGCAGGAGGCCUCAGUCCCUCCCCAUGUGGACCCUCCACGGGGCCGCUUGGGUGUCCUCACACCGUGGCAGCUGCUUCCCUCGGGGCCAGUGACUCACCAGGAGACGGAGAGAGAGAGAGACAGAGACAGACAGGGAGGGAGAGAGAGUGUGCCAGGUGGGAGCCGCAGUGCCUCUUAGGAAGCAGCAAAUGGUCACUUCCAGUCGAUUCUGUUUAUUAGGAGCAGGUCCCUAAGGCCCAUGCUCAAGGGGAGGGAACUGGGCUCCCAAUCAGGCAUCAAAGAAUAAUGGACAUAUUUUGAAACCAUCACCUGGGGCUAACAGUUGUGAUGGAAAAUUGAGAAAACACCAAAAAAGUAUUCUUAAGAAAAAACAUCACCCGUGGAGCCCCACCUGCAGACACCCACUUCUGACAUUUUGAUUGUAUGCUUUUCCUGCCUUUAAUUUUCUGGUCCAAGCAGUUGAAGGCCUUUUCAGGUCCUCAUGAUCAAACUGUGUGUGGGAUUUUCUGUUCUCCUUUUUUAGUGACAUUUUUUUCCUUAAUGUUUUUUCCUUAAUAUUGUGACAUAGCAUUUUACAUGCUCACGCACUCUUUAGAAGCCCGUUUUUGUUUUACCCUUUAAUUUUUUUCCAUUAAGCUUUGAGAUAACUGUAGGCUCUCAUGCUGUUGCAAGAAAUAACACAGAGGAAUUCUAUGUAUCCUUUACCCAGUUCCCCCAACGGUAAUGUCUUAAAAAACUAUAGUAAACUAUCACGACCAGGAUCUUGACAUAGUCAAGAUAUAGAACAGUUUCAUCCUACAGGGAUCCCUCAUGUUAUCCUUUGUGGUCACCCUAAUGCCCCAUGCUCCUGUCCCUAACCCUGACAACCGUUAAUCUUCUCUAUUUCUAUAAUUCUGUCAUUUCAAGAAUGCCUAGAAAUGGGAUCAUAGAGUAUGUAACUUUUGGGGAUAGGCUUUUUUCACUCCACAUCACUCUAGGGAGAUUCAUCUGGGUUUCUCUAAUGCGCCAGGAGCUCACUUGCUCCUUCCUUCCUUCCUUCCUUCCUUCCGCGAGUAGUAUUCCGUGGCAUGAUAUACCGAAGUUUACCCGCUCGCGGGUUGAAAAACAUCUGGGCCAUUUCCAGUUUUUGCCUAUUACAGGUGAAGCUGCUGUGAACCCUGGGGCACGCAGGGUUUUGUGCACGUGCCGUCUUAAUUUCUCUGGGAUAAAUGCCCAGGGGUGCAGUUGCUGGGCAGUGUGGCGAUUGUGUGUUUAGUUGUGAAAAUCAUGUUUAAUAGCAGCUUAAUUCUUCAUCAAGAGAAUAGACCAUAAUUUACUCUGUCACUGGAUACCGAUUACUUCGAAUUAAUGUGCAAUUAUAAAUGAUUUUAUACUUUGUCCUGAAAUUAUCUUUGAGUUUCUGGCUCUUUCCUUGGGGGUGGGCUCCCAUGAGUGGAGUUGCUCACUGUGGGAUGGGAGGCUCCUUCCUGUGCAUAUUGCCCAAGCAGACAUCGCUCGGUGCCCGUGACACAGGCUGUCACGCAUAGUUUACCGGGCUGGGGGGCUCAGAAUGCCCCUGGGGCUGAUGGGUUGGUGGGGCCUGGGCAGGCUUUGGGGGGCGCUGUUGGAGAGCUGCAGGGGCCCCGGGGAAGGGGGGCAGGCAGCUGGAGUGGAGCCCUGCUGCUGCCCUAACAGUUCUCUGUCAUGCGCAUCAGUGCUGGAUGCCAAGGGCCUGGCGCGGAGUUUCUUUAACCGGCUCUGGGAAGUAUGCAGCCAGUGGCAGAAGCAGGGGCCCUUGAUCGCCCGGCUUCCUCAGCGGCAGUGGCUGGUCUCCAUGCACGCCAUCCGGAAUACGCGCCGCAAGAUGGAGGACCGGCACGUGUGCCUUCCCACCUUCAACCAGCUCUUCGGCCUGUCCGACCCUGUGGACCGAGCCUACUUCGCCGUGUUUGAUGGUCACGGAGGGGUGGAUGCCGCACGGUACGCCGCCGUGCACGUGCACACCAACGUUGCCCGCCGGCCCGAGCUGCCCACAGACCCCGCCAGAGCCCUCAGAGAAGCCUUCCAGCGCACCGAUGAGAUGUUUCUCUGGAAAGCCAAGCGAGAGCGGCUGCAGAGUGGCACCACGGGGGUGUGCGCGCUCAUUGCGGGAAAGACCCUGCACGUCGCCUGGCUCGGGGACUCCCAGGUCAUCCUGGUGCAGCAGGGACAGGUGGUGAAGCUGAUGGAACCUCACAGACCUGAGCGACAAGACGAGAAGGAGCGCAUCGAGGCACUGGGCGGCUUCGUGUCUCACAUGGACUGCUGGAGAGUCAACGGGACCCUGGCCGUGUCCAGAGCCAUUGGGGACGUGUUCCAGAAGCCCUACGUGUCGGGGGAGGCGGACUCGGCCUCUCGGGAGCUGACGGGCUCUGAGGACUACCUGCUGCUGGCCUGUGAUGGCUUCUUCGACGUCGUCCCCCACCAGGAGGUCGCUGGCCUUGUCCAGAGCCACCUGGUCAGGCAGCAGGGCAGCGGGCUGCAGGUGGCUGAGGAGCUGGUGGCUGCAGCCCGGGAGCGGGGCUCCCACGACAACAUCACGGUCAUGGUGGUCUUCCUCAGGGACCCCCGAGACCUACUGACGGGCGGGACCCAGGGGGCAGGGGAUGUGCCCUCUGGCCUCUCAGAGCCAGAGACCAAUACUCCACAGAGAAGCUAGGAGGUGCAGGCCCCCUGCCCCCACCCCAGGCCCAUCCCCCUCGGAUGCCUUAGGACCAGACCAGCAGCAGCGGCGGCGGUGGGCGGGCGGGUGUCCCCCUCACAGUGUUUUCCCAGGGCCCCGAGUCCCUUGUGCUCCUUGCAUCAGUCCAUCCUGGUGGCUGCAGAACUGCCCUGGGGGGGCGGGGGGUUAUUUAUGCCCUGCUCCUGCAGGCAGUGAGAUGGCCCGGAUCUCCAAAGGAGGCCUAGGGAGGAGACCUCACCAAAGAGAUGACCUGGGAAGUGGAUUAGCUCUUCUCCAGGCUCGGCUGGGUAGGGGGCAGGACCAGAGGCCACAGGCGCGGGCCGCAGCCAGACCAAAGACGCUGGGCUUGCGCCUGGGGCAGCAGGGCACUGCAUGUGAGACCCCGGACAGACCCAGGGGCCAUGGACAUCUCCAGGUGUGUCCUGGGUGUCCGGCCCAGGUUUCUCAUUGCCUCCUCACUGGCCACGGCUGGGAGGACUCAUCUGUACAGAUGCGCCUGGCUGGUCCUGGCCUACCAAGCCGGCUUCCCGGAGUGGGGAGAACGGCCCCGUUGGGAAGGAGGGAGCACCAGGGAUCUGGUCUGCGGUGGGUGCUCGGCGGUCCCCAGCCUCCCUGGUUCCCUCCCAGCCCGCACACACCCAGGGAGGGGAAGGUCAGAAUGAUGACACGUGUGUCUUUUGUUUGUGGUCUUUUUUUUUUUCCCCAGGGAAGUCUAACUCAGAAGCAGUAUUUCAGGUUUUUGUCUUUGUUUUGUCAGUGCCAAGUUGACCUGUUGUGUCAUAUAACUUAAGCAGAGCUUAGCGUUUAUUUUAUUCUUAGAAAACUUAAGUAUUGAUUUUUUUUUUUAGAAGAAACUUCUUUUGCAGUAUUACUGAAUUUUUUUUUCUCUAAAUCAGGAUUGAAACAAAAACUUUUCCAGGUGGUGUUAAUAAGCCAUUCAAGUGCCUUAAACAGCUUUAGGUAAGGCUAGAACCUCUGGGCCUGGACGGAUUCUAACAGGCAUGUUUCCAUUUUUACAGAAGCAGGAUUUAUUUUGUUAUAGUGGCAUGAUCUUGGCUAGAAUUCUUCCCGGAUGAGUUCUUUCCGUAUCUUGUGAUUCCAUUCGCUGCUGACAGCAGAGCAGCCCCGAAGAACAUAGGCUGUGCUGUGCGGCCUGGGCCAGACCGCGGGGCUCCGGGAGAUCAGGGUGACCUCGGCCCCACCAGCCUCCCUCCACACCUGGGCCCUACUGCUCAUGUCUCUGGCUGGUGCCCAGGCUGAGGGACUGAGCUCCAUGAAGCGGACUCCUCGUUUGACUGGAAUGUCCUAGAAUGUCUUGUGUUAGUAACCAAAUUGGUUUCAUUGGGAAAUACGCUUAGAGGCCCCGGCAAGUCCGGGGGCAGCCUGGGGGCGUUGGGCUCUGUUUGGAGCCUAUCCCGCCCACCUGCCCCACAGCCCCCAAAACCCCUCCUCCUGUCUCCCGCCUGCCACAGCUGCACCCUCUGCCAUCUUGCUCUGCCCACAGCCUGACCACAUGGGGGAGAGCUCUCCAUUCCCUAGCAUGCUCUGGGCAGGUGAGGCUUGGGAGCCACGAAACUUGGGUGACUCGGGCUGCUCACAUCCAGUGAGGCAAAUAUGGCGUUGGUGUCCAGUUGGAAGUGACAGGGCUGGGUGAAGAGUCCAGGCAGAGGUCAAGGGCCCAGAGAGAGGGGUCUCUGGUGGGAGGACCCAGGCCUACAGAUCUGGGAACGGCAGUGGGUGGCUUAGCUGAGGCUUCUGGAGAAUGUCGCUGGGAGGUGGGCAGCAGGGGGAUGCUUGGCACCAGCUCCCCCAGGCUGGGAGGUCUUAUGAAGGUACUCAGAAUCCACCCGCAGUGGCCAGGCCCCAGCAAGGAGAGUGCAGGGAGGACCCUGAUCCCAGUGCACGGAGGGGAGCCUAGGCGUCCCCCCUCCCCGGACCCUGCAGCAGGAAGAGAGGGAGGCAGUGGGAGAUGCCCCCCACAGGCUUAGCCUUUACUGCUCACUCCCACAGCAGGGAUGAGGGAGCCCACAUGAUGCGGCCGAUGCCAUGCCCCAAAGCUCAAGAUUGAAGGCAUCUUAAACAUGGUCACUGCAAUUCAGAGGUUUGGUGGGAGCCAACAGUGACCUAGAAUUUUCCCACUUAAUCUGAAGGCCCCGCUGCUUUCUGGGGGUCUGAAGCCCCCUCUUCGGCCCUUCCCAGCGCAGGGCUGGUCAGAGGCAGCAUGUGGGCCUGCCCUUCACCAGCGGCCUGGCUGCCCCCGGGCAUGACCUUAGCAGAGGGCGGAAGCGUGGACUUCUGUUGUCCUCCUUUAUUUGCCAGUCGGAUCCUGUGAUUGCCACCAAGAGUGGGGCUUCACACAUGGAGCCUGGCUCUCUCUGUGUGGUGGUCUGAUUCGCGCCCUCGCUCGAGGCUCCAUAAGGAGAUCUCUCCAGGCUUGUCCCAGUGACCACCCCCCUCUGGCAGAGGCUUCUGCUGUCUGGUGCGGCUCAUCCUUGCCUGGGGGCUGAGGGAGCCCUUCUUCCUCCUGCACAGACGCCAGCUCUGUGCAAGCACCUAGGCAUAGAGGCCUCUUCCCUCUUGACUGGGGCUGGACUGGGAGCCACCGGGCGUCUUCAGCCUCUGAAAGCGCUGGCCCCUCUCCUCUCCGGGCCACGGUCCCACGAGGGCCCCAGAUCUGGAAGCCCCAAUCCCCUUCUCAAAUCCUCGCUUUGCCACUAGCUCGUUGUAUGAGCUGAGUAAGUCAUGGAGCCUCCCUGGGCCUCAGUUUCUCCUCUCUAGGGCACAGGGUUGCACCAAAGCUGUGAUUCUGGAGGGUCAAGGGCUUCCUGAGGCAAGCCUGGCGUGUCCCAGGGAGCUGCUGCCCGUGCUGGGGGAGCCCUCCCUGGCUGCUAGCAGGGAGGGGUGAUGAAGUAUUAUUACCCAUCUAUUCUUACAGUUAAGUGGGCUGGGAAAGAAUGGAGCUGCAGAUGCUGGGGUUGGGCCUUAUAUGGAACACAGAAGCUCAGAGAGCAGGCCCUGCUUUUACAGGUAGAGCUGAUUGCGAGCUAGCAGGGGUGGGAGAAGCAGACAGGGUCGGCUCCCUCCCUCCACAGGUGUGAGGCGGAAGGGCAUGGAGAGGGGCAGGGUAUAGCUGGGCUCUCCCUGACCUCGCUUGCCCUCAGCACCCAGGACGAGGAAAGGGAUGUGCUUUAGGGGGAACAGUGACGGGGGCAGGCCCCACUGGAGAUGCACAAGCUCUGUGAGGUCCCGGGCCAGCCUUUGGCCGCAGCCCUCUCUCCCCCUACUCUCCCCAGCCAGCAUGCGGCCCUCAACCCUUCCUGUGUCCCCUUACGGAUGGCCCGGCUACCUCAGCAGUAUUCCCGGGUCCUGGGGUACAGCUCCGCCGGUUCCUAGGCCUGACCCUGACAAGGGCUCAAUGGAAACCUGCUGGGCCUGUGCAAGAUAAGCUGGUUUGGGUUUGAUUCUGCCUGUCGCCCAAGGGAGGCAGCCCCAGGAGGCCUGUGCUUUUCGCCGAGGCUCUGCAGCUUUGCCAAAUGCGCCGAGCUUUGCCAUUCAUGCGCCAUGCUAGCCUUGCCAAGGGUUCAUCUGUGCAUGUCUUGGCAGGGCUCCUGGGAGAGGCGUCUUGUCCCGAGAUGGGAUGGCCAUUUUCCCUGUCUGUAGGGAUGAGUGCCCGGAUGAGGGGGCCAGAAACUCAGUCUCCUCCCAGGGGUCAAUAAGUGUCAAUAAAUCAUGAGUUCUGAAA